GAGGAAAAGUAACGAAAAGGAGAUAUGGUCGAGGUCAUUCCGAUCAGGCUGCAGAAGACAUGGGAAAUAUGGAAUGUCAGGGGAGUCAUUCUCUUCAGCCUUUUACUACAAAUCGUACUGUUUUUGGGUGCUCCCAUGAGAAAACGCACAGGAAAUAGGCUCUACAUCCUGAUCAUGUGGGCAUCAUACUUUCUAGCCGACUGGGCAGCUAGUUUCACUAUCGGGCUCAUCACCAGCAGCAGGAACUCAUCUAAGAUUGUUGAAAGGAGUGACCUUCUUGCAUUUUGGGCACCGUUCUUGUUGUUACAUCUUGGUGGGCCGGACACCAUAACUGCUUUUGCCCUGGAGGAUAAUGAGCUCUGGCUCAGGCACUUCCUCACCCUGAUAUUCCAGGUUUUCGCCUCUUUUUAUGUCUUCCUGGAAACACUACCAAGCAACAAGCUAUGGCUCCCGACUUCCCUCAUUUUCCUGGCAGGAGUCAUCAAAUACAGUGAACGGACACGUUCUUUAUAUCGUGCAAGCUGGGGUACAUUCCGAGAAACCAUGCUUACAGAACCAGAUCCUGGACCAGAGUACGCGAAGCUCAUGGAGGCAUUCUCUUCAAAGAAAGUAGCCAGACUUCCUACAACAAUGUCACAAACAGUAGAUGCUGAUAUUAGAGCAUCCAAGUCCGCCUUCUAUUCUUCUCAACCGAGAGAGAAUCAGGAUUUAGAUGAGUUUGAGGUGGUGAAAUAUGGUUACCACUUCUUCAAAAUCUUCAAGGGACUCAUUGUUGAUCUCAUUAGCCACAAUGAUCGAAAUGAGAGCAGAGUAUUUUUUCAUGGGAGAAGUCCUGAAGAUACGCUUAAAGUGUUGGAGGUUGAACUCAACUUCAUCUACGAAGUUCUCUAUACCAAGUUCGUUGUGAUACAUGAUCGAAUAGGAUACCUUUUGCGCUCUGUAAGCUCGCUUUCGGUUUUGGCGUCCCUUGGGGUCUUCUUUUUUGUAGACUGCAAGCAUGGUUUAGAUAAGUUUGAUAUUGGAGUUACCUACACCCUGCUGCUCGGUGCCGUGAGCCUGGAGGCAAUAGCACUCUUCAACCUCAUUUUCUCUGAUUGGACAAUGGCUAAUUUUCUCGACAAGAGGAAUAUAAAUCCAAGCGUCCAGGCCAUCUUCGAAAAAUAUCUCAAAAUUAGAAGGUCAAGGUGGUCUCCAACCAAGGAUAAGCUGCUUGGAACCGAGUCAAGGAGUACAUCAGUAUUACUUCGCAGGUGGUCUGAAUCCGUGGCAGGAUUUAAUUUGAUAACAUACUGCCUCAAGCAACUUCCGAAAAAAUCCAAUGAAGAAAAUGCAGAUCAGUGCUACCUUGGCAUUUUUAAGAAGACUACUCAUUUGUUGCAUCAUAUACGGAAAUGUUGUCGCAAAAAAGUGGUUGAACCGUUGGGUGCUAAGGAUUUUCUAGAUGAGUGGAGAUAUGCGUCCAAAAACCCCUUCACAAAAAAUCUAUGGGAAUUUAUCUUUGAAGAACUGUUGGAGAAAUCUAAAGAAGCAGAUAAACCAGAAAAUAUCAAGACGGUAAGUUCAGCUAGAGGUGCUUACGUUCUCGAAGAAUACAAAAUCGAGCACGGAGGGGAAGAAGUACUUUUUGAAACACUUAAAAAAGAUUAUAUUGAAAAUGUUACCUAUGAUGAGAGCCUUCUGCUUUGGCACAUUGCUACUGAACUCUGCUAUCAUGGAAGAAAAGACUCUGAUCCUGAAAUAGUAGCUCAAACGGUAUCUAAACAUCGUCGACUGAUCAGUAAGCUCGUUUCAGAUUACAUGCUAUAUCUUUUAGUGAUGAAACCUACUAUGAUGUCUGCUGUGGCAGGUAUUGGGCAAAUUAGAUAUAGAGAUACAUGUGCUGAGGCUAAAAGAUUCUUUCGCAAUAAGGGACUAGGACCAAAGAUGGUAAAGGAUGCUUGUGAAAAGCUCCUUGAUGUGAAUACAGAUGUUAAACCUGUUCAUGUGAAGGGAGAUAGAAGCAAAUCUGUAUUGUUUGAUGCAUGCAUGCUGGCCAAAGAGCUGCAAAAAUUAGAGGAGGAGAAGAAAUGGGAGGUAAUCAGCAAAGUGUGGGUGGAGAUGUUGUCAUACGCGUCAAAUCAUUGCCGACCAGAUGCUCAUUCUCAGCAAGUAAGUAGAGGUGGACAGCUUAUCAAUCUUGUUUGGUUGCUGAUGGCUCAUUUUGGCCUGGUUGAGCAGUUCGUAUUCACUGCCGGUUUCGGCCCUGCAAAAUUGAUUGUGGAAAAGUAGUAACUUUUUCGUUAUUCAUGCUAUAUAUGUUUAUGAUUGGAUCGAAUUUGAUGUAUUUUUUUCGAUAUAUCUCUAGUCUCCUUGGCUUGG